AUCGUGGCGCAGCGUGUUGAAAGACCGGUGUGUAAAAGUGGUUUGGUGAAAGACGAAAGUCGUUUGGCUUUUCCCUACAUACAGCUAUAGCAUAAUUCUGGAAACUUGCAUUACUGCAAUGCAUUAACUUACCGAAUCUUUGUUACAGACGUUAAGUAGUACGAGGCUGACAAAGAGAACGUGCAAUGCGAUCCCGCCACCCAAAAUUUUGAAACAUAAGGAAAGAUGUUUUGGACAUACUGAUGGAUUUCACAUUUUACUCAUCGUCGUAUGCACUGCGAAGCUUGAUAGCUUUCAUAAUAUAGAGCUAAUAAUGUCCACUUUGACAGUGUGUGAAUCUACAUAAUUGAACUGCUUCGAACGGUUUACAAUGUCUAUCGCUGAGGUCUCGUUAGUCCAUAUAUUUGGGCUUAGGAACGACAUUCCGAAUAACGUAUGUUACUGCGAUGAUCAGAACAUAAUUUACCCAGCUGGAUCUACGAUACUCAGCUACAAUGUGCUUCACAAGCAUCAAACGCAUUUCGAUGAUCUAAGAAAGCUCAGGAAUCUGAAGAAUUUUGCGUUGAGCCAAAACAAACGUUAUCUGGCCGUCUCUGACUGCGUUGACAAGCCGACCAUCUUCAUCUAUGACCUGUCUACGAGCAAACGGCGCAAGACGCUCUACUGCACAGAGGUGCAGUCCAAGGACGUCGUGUCUCUGUCCUUCUCCAGCGACCACAAGUAUGUGCUGGUGCUCGGUGGCAGCCCGGACUACACGCUUGUCGUCUACCUCUGGGAGAAGGGGAAGAUCGUCACCACGCUCAAGCCGAACAUGCCCAACACCUGGGCAGCCGUCAACCAGGCGGUGUACAACCCAGCGGACCCGGCAGUGAUCGUGGUGGUGGGCCAGCACCUGCUGAAGAUGCUGCGACUCACCGAAGGAUCGCUGCGUCAGUUUGGCCACCAGCGCGUCGAAAACACCAACUACAUGUGCGCUGCCUGGGCAGGUCAGAACCGUCUGCUGGUGGGUACGGACCAGGGUCGCGUGGUGCUGUAUGACGCUGCUGAACUGAAGGCCGAGUUCCGGCUGGGCGAUGUGCUGGGGAAGGACUCCUCCUCGGAGGCAGAUCGUCGUUCGGUGAACGGUACCCGCUCCGGCUCGGUGGUGUCCGGAGGAGGUGUUGGCGCCGGCACACCCGUCACCAGCAUAGUCACAUUCUCCAAGGGUUUCGUGGCCGUGUGCGGCGUGGGCAUCGCGCACGUGUUUGACCGCGCCGAAGACCAGACGACCGAGUUCUACCGUCUGCUGCGGACGGUACACGUGCCGCAGGACCCGGGCAGGAUGGCGGUCACCCAGGAGGCGCCGCCGCAGGAGGGUAUCACCGGCCUGGCGGUCAGCCCCUCCGAGGAGACGCUGGUGGCCGCCUCCACGCGCAGCCAGCUCUAUGUCAUCUCCAUGAGCAGCGUGUUCCUCAGCAAUAAG